AUGUCGUGGGUUGCGGCAGGUUUGCAGAAGCCGAAUUUGCUCAAACAUUCUCUAGUUAUGACCGAGUGGGCACAAAGCCUGAAGCAAGAUCACGAGUACGAAACCGAUGAGACUAUCGGCCUCCUGAUAUCUCUACGUCAGAUUGACGACCAAGUACAAGACGAGUUAUUCACUGCCGAUACUUCGCAGCUGCCGAUAUCGGAUGGACGAGCGUUGAUGCACGUUCGAUUCAUAGAUGUACAACUCGACACAUGGAAAUGGGGGUGCAACGAUGUAGCCUCGCAAAGACUACUCGAGCUCUCUUUUGCAUACGCCAAAAUGCAACUACACAGCGUAGCUCUUCGUCCGUCACCCUCAGAGUUGCCCGCAUCGGCACGUUCGUCACAGAUCAACAGCCUGCUCUCCGCUCUUGAGGCUAGCAAGCUCUUUUUGGAUACCUUGCUUUCAUAUCCAGCCCACGAAUACCACCUGAUCUCGUUCUCGGAAUGGAUGCGUUUACCACCAGUCAUCAUGACAGUCGCAAAACUAUGCAUCCCCACCGAAGACCAUGCUGCCAUCGGGUGGGAUACUCAAGCCGCCCAAGAGCGAGUGCGCCUGGAUCUCUGCCUCGAGUCACUUUGCUAUCGGAUGCAGACUCUAUCGACAUAUGAGAGGCCAAAGCGACCUCAUCCCGACUUCUGGUACGCGAUGGGGAUGAUUACUGAACUGACGAAGAAUUGGUACAUUCGUAAGAUUCGACCGGAGGCCCCUAGCCAGACAGCUGCAGUACCCACGCCCAGCGACUCAGUCGAGCGGGGUUUUAGCGAAACCUCGUGUCCCAUCACCAGUGCACCCACAAUGUGUCCUACAAGACACACGGAACAUCAAUACAACAUGCCAACGGGCACCAACCAUAUGGAAGACAUCAACAUAGACAUGCACCCUGAGAUCGGGGCUGGCAGUGAUCCCUUCGCGUUCAUGAAGAGUCCUGACUUCGAUAUGAGCCAAUUCUUCGACACGGCAGGAGGCAUUUGGGGGGAUGAAAGCUUCAAUAACUAUACUGACAUGGCCUUUGGAAAUGGAACACAGUUCUAA